AUGAUGUGGCUAUCACAGAUCAUUUUCAUCUCUAUCAUUCACAGAUCAUUAACAAAGGAUGGCUCGAUUGAUUGUAUGAACUGCAACCCGUACAGGAUCGACGAUUUGUUGUGCUACACAGGCUGGAAAACACGUCAACAACUUGAGAGCUUAGACGAGCGGGAAGAGCGCGAUUUUCUGAUCAAAAAGAUUCAAGAACAAAUGCCGAGUCACACUUACUCCUUUUAUGCUGGGCAAUCGGGUGGUUGGCUCGUUCACACGGGUGCCAUGCUUCAUAUUCUUCACGCCAACAAUUGGGCGUCUUUUUGGCGCUACAAAGAUCAUUGGGGUCUUCGACAUGUGAUCGCUCAACAGCUUCACAAAAAAUCUUACGGAACAUUAGACAGCUUGAAGGGCUUGUCCGCUGAGCUCCUGAUCAGCAAAGCCUGUGAGUACUACAAAAAAAAUGACGUGGUCGUCGAAGUUUUUGACGUGAAACACCAUUCGACUAUCGGCUCGCUAAUGGAGAGAAAGCCAGCCUUGAUCGGCACACAUACUUGCGAUAAUUGUAGAUAUUCUCAAAAAGGCGAGUGCAAGUUUCGAUUCGAGGAGAGUUUUACCGAGAGCAUGACCUAUAUAGUUGGUAAAGAGGAAUCGCGCAGCUCGAGUCACUCGCUGAGUCUCUCGUUUUCUGUUGCUUCUGUCGUGCCAGCAAAGUCUUCGUCGAUAGGUGGAGGUUGGACGGGUACAUGGACUCAAGGAAACGUCACUCGAGUCACGACAAAUGAGGAGAAAAUCACGACAAAGUUGUACUCAAUGGAAAGCGUCUAUUCUCUGGCUGCAAACAGUGCAGUCCAGAUUGAUCUCUGGGUGCACGUGGGUGAUGUGUCAAUGCCAUUCGAGAUGAGCAUUCGUCUGAAGAGUGGCGAGACGCGAACCCUUUCUGGCACGUACAAAGCCGUCAGAUCCUUCUCGAACUAUCAUAAAGCGACCAAUAUUCCGUGUGAGAAA